ACCGGGAAGCAACUGCGGUUCCUUAUGCAGAAUCAUAGGCGAUGAGCGAAUAAUUCUCUGUUCCUUAGCUGUUAUCUCACAAGGGAUCAUUGCUUAUGUGCUUUCCUCUCCUUCCUUGAACCCCCUUCUAUGAUCUUUUCCAUUUUUCUUAUUCUUCUUCUUUUUCGCUCCUAAUAUAUAUAAUAGGACUUACUAGUCACCAACCUCACCAAAGAAACUCACAUAACAUUCAAAUUCAACAUAUUCAUUCUCUUUUGAGUUUGACACCAAUAAAGGAAUGGCUGGAAUUGGCUUUGAAGACUUGUUGCCUGUGAUGGCCAACAAACUUGGUGGGGAGGGUCUAAUUAAGGAGCUCUGUAAUGGGUUUCAAUUGCUGAUGGAUAAGGAUAAAGGAGUGAUCACGUUGGAAAGCUUAAGAAAAAACGCUGCUCUCUUGGGUCUUGAGGACUUGAAGGAGGAUGAACUUGUGAGCAUGAUGAGGGAAGGAGAUGUUGAUGGAGAUGGAGCACUUACCCAGAUGGAAUUCUGCGUUUUGAUGUUCAGGUUGAGCCCAGAGUUGAUGGAGGAGUCUUGGUUUUGGCUUGAAGAGGCACUCCAACAUGAACAGCCCAACAACACCAACAACAACAACAAUUCCAUGUAGUACCUAAGAACAACAUUUGAUAGUGUUUUUCCUUU